ACGACCCUUGUAAUGUUGUUGAGAAUCUAUGGAUACUGGAACCCAUUUCUGACACAAAUUCACUCAGACAAGCAGCAGUUUGUAUCAGAGAGAGAUUUGACUGUGACAAUACAAAAGUGCUCAUUGUAACAGGAGAAAAAGACAACUGGUCCAGAAGAAUACAACGUUGGACAACAUGGAAGUCAACCCCAGAGAGAUUGAACCGCAGAUGAAUUUCUAUCUGAGUUCACUGGAAGAACAAGUGCGUUGUGAGCUGAAGGACAGCGAGGCGAGGCUCACCCCGAGUCAAUAUGAGGGAAGAGUUCACCUGAUCGUCAGAGAGGACUUGCUGGCCGAUGUCCUCGAUCAGCUCCAACAGCAGAGAGAGGGCAGCAGUUGGAGGCGUGAGAAGGAGCUGAUGCUGAGGGAGGUGAGUGACUUGAAAGUUCAGCUGGCUGAACGUGUCCCCUCCCCCCCCAGGGAAUCAGAGUUUCUGAAAUCCCAGCUGGGGAAAAUCAGCAACAGACUCAGAAAAGCCCAGAAAGAUCUCGAACUUCAGUACUUCGUGACCGAAGACCUGAAAGUCGACUUGGAGAAGACGAAGGGAGAGAAGGAGGCCCUUAACGCUGACGUGGAGACCCUGAAGACGGAACUUGGUGAAGAGAGACAGAUGCUGGAAAGAUCCCAGGCUUCCCACAGAGCCCAGCUGGAUGAGGCUCUGCAGAGAGCCUCAUCCCAGCUGGGAAAAAUCUCCAACCGGCUGCGAAAAGCCCUGAAAGACCUCGACCUUCAGUACUUCAUGACCGAAGACCUGAGGGUCGACUUGGAGAAGACGAAGGGAGAGAAGGAGGCCCUCAAACGUAAUGUGGAGUCUCUCAAGACCGAACUUCGUAAGGAAAGACAGAUGCUCACGGUAAGUAAGACCAACGUGGAGUUAGAGUUGGAGAGCUAUCUGGUGAUGGAGAGGGCUAGAGCUCACGAUCUGAAGGAGAAACUGAGCGAGAUGGAGGAAGCUCUCCAAAAGCAGGACGAGGGAAAGACAAUACUGGAAAGAUCCCAGGCUUCCCUUAGAGCCCAGCUGGAGAUGCAGGACAAAGACAGCAAGGACCUCAUGGCUGCUCUGGAGAGUGAGCGUGUCCUGUGGCAGCAGGAGAAAAGCUCCCUGCUGGAGGAGAGAGAGAGAACCAGAGCCUCCUGGGAGGAUCAGAGGGACCAGCAGAGCUUUGGGAGUGACUGUCUCCUGGCUGCUCUGAAGAAGGCUGAGCAGCAGCUGGAGAGUCAGCUCCAGCAGUGGAAGGAGGACAAGUCAUCCCUCCUUCAGGCCACAGAGAGACUGAGGCUGAGUCAACAGGAAAAGGAGCAGGAGUGGGAGAGGACGGAGAGCACCCUGAGGUCCCAGCUGGAGGAUCUGGAGAGCCAGAUCAUGGAAAAGCCAAAGAAGAAGAAGAAGAGGUGGUAUAGAAAGCUUUUCUCUGGCUGAGGUAGAGAACAUGUAUUUUUACUUGUACAGUGUGUGUGUGUGUGUGUGUCUGUGUGUGUGUCUGUGUGUC